AUUCGAGCGGAGACAGGAGUGACGGACCUAUGAUAAUAUUAAGGUACCCUGGUGUAGAGUGAGGGACACAAAUACGUGGCAAAUUUGGCACUCCAAAUGCGAGAUAGGUGAACGAGAGACAUCAAAUUCGAAAAGGACCUGAGUCGCAAUUUCGUAUGAGCUUCCAACUGAUGUAGAUGUUAGUGUUACUUAUCUAUGGUUAUAACAUUUUGUUUCUAUGUCUUUGUUGUUUCUCUGUCUGUCCUCUGGUUUAGAUCAGUCAGAAUACAGCUUCAUAGAUUUAUUUAUGCAUGAGAGACAUCAAGACAAAAGUUCACCUAGUUUUGUGUUCAUAAACGGUUCGCUAAUUUCCGAGCUAUGUGCACUUUUUGCGGUGAAGAAAAGAAGUAGUUAGUAUUUUACCUUCAUUGCAUCAAAAAUUUCAUUGAGCUUCUUACGUCGGACCUCAUUUUUAUCGAAUCGUGGUCCUCGUUUCUUGAUAACAUUGUCGUGCCCCCAUACCCAUCCAAACAACGUAGUGGUGGUUGUUGUACAGAGAGAGACGAGGUGUCGUUGUGCAUUGCAAAUUAGUCGAAGCUCGUCGUCAAUCGUCGCAGCUGUGUUCUUAAUUCUAGGAUAGAUUUCGGUUUCCCUAAUUCAUUCUCGAAAGCGAAUGCGAUUUUCAUCUCAAUUUCAAGUUACUAAGUGCUCACUUUGUUCUUGCUCAAGAAGCUACCCUCACCUCAUUGUGUAAUAUAGAGAAUUUUUUUGAUUUAAAGAUAAUCUUUCGUCCUCAAAGAUAGAAGUGGGCUGUGCAGCUACCUCAUAUCUAGCGAAUAUCAUCUUCAACGAACUCCUCCGCCACCUGAUACCAAAUCCUCGGUAUCUAUCAAGCGACGAAGACUAACCAUCUCUAAAACAACAAGAACGAUCAGAAAAUGUUUCCGCUUUGGCAGAUGCAUCAGCAAGCCGCAGCUGCGGCAGCAUACUCGGUCGAUGAUCCGGGUCUGAGUGUCGACCCCAACUUCACUACCGUCAUGCUGAGGUACCUAUUCGCUCACAGUGAUUAUUGCAUUUGCAUUAGAAAAGUGGUUGGAACAAUUUUUUUCAAUUUCAUGAUAAAAAAUCGUAGAGGCCAGGCACGAAUUUUUGCAUUCGCUAGACUUCAAUCCACGUACUUACGUCCUCACAGGAACAUUCCGAACAAGUACACAACCAAGAUGCUGCUCGCAGUAUUGGACAAGCGUUUCGCGAAACAGUAUGACUACGUUUACCUGCCGGUCGACUUCGUGAAUCACUGCAAUGUCGGGUAACUGCAUUGAUUUUUCUUUCUCUUUAUAGAUAUGUUGGACGAUAUACGAAGGAAGUUCUUGCAGUCCCUAGUUGAACUUGAAGUUAACAGCUGCAUCUAUCUGCAUUUCGGAGAUCAUAGUUUUGCUUGUUUCUGGAGAAUAGAUUUCUUCUCAAAAGAAUUCCAGACCGCAACGUCGUAUUUUUCUUUCUGCUCAGGUAUGCUUUCAUCAACUUGCGCUCCGCUGAGACUCGCGCGCGAUUUUACCGCCAUUUCCAUAACCAAAAAGUGAAGGAGGUGCUUCCGGGAUUCAACAGCAAAAAGGUACCUAGUGGAGCAAACUAGAAAGCUUCUUGCUGGCUUUAUUUCUGAAUCUGGAAUAAACUGAAUAUUAAUGUCAUCAUGAUUCAUCGUCCCCUGUGAUCCACAACUGACGUAAAGACUAGAAAAGAAAUAGAAACUUCAUCGUUAAUCAAACACCAGGUUCUCAAGCAAGUGUGUGAAGUGAACAAAGCGAAAGUGCAGGGUGCACGCGAGAAUAUUCGCAGAAUCCGCCAAAUGAGCAUGCUCAUGCAGCGCCUGAAGGACCACCCGGACUGGGUAAGGUUUAGGAAACCCUCUGAUAAAAAGUUCUUCCUCCAAAGUAGUCCGUUGACUGUGUCUGGUUGUACAACAAAUGCACUAUGCAUCAGUAUUGCUAGUCAUCAAGAAGAAGGAAUUAUGAUAGGGAAAACCAACCCCAAUCAACAACACAUCAUUCAGGUUCCGCUUCUCUUCGACAACCAGGGAACUGCUAUUCCCUUGGACUUGGAUGCUCCUGCUGAGAAGCGCGAGCCGAUGCGCCCGAAGCGAUCUUUCCCUAACUGGGACCAUAUGUAUUCCGGUAAGAAGUUCUUGAUCACGUCGUAGAGUACUACGAUUAUCUUGUCGAUUUCCGUCAGUAUAUAUUUAUCUAUCGAUCUUUCCAAUUUCUCCUAACUCAAUGUAAGUACUUCAUUUUCCGUGUUUUCUUGAUUCCAUCCAGGAAGCUACGGCAACCCGGGUAUGUUGGCCAGCAGCCCUCUCAGUGGAUUGAGCCCGUUGGCGUUUGCGAAUCCUUACAUGCUCCAGCAACAAGCUCAAGCCGCCUACAAUGUUGCCGUCGCGUCUGCUACUGCCGCUGCGGUGUCGGCUGCCUCUUCCCCAUCCGACUACACAGGAUCUCCCAACGACUGGUUCUAAUCCUCAUUAACACGGACGGCACUUUCAAAUUUGAUCUGGUUCUGGAGGAUCUCAAAAGAAUAAGAAAGUAAUUAAACUUUGUAUAGGUUUUUUGUCUGUGCAUGAUACAGCUCGAACUCAAUUUUUUAAAUCGAAACAAGGUACUGCAACAAGGAAAACGCUGGAUCCGGAACUACGAAUUCCACCUGGACACCCCAAAGCGCUGUGAACCCUCUUCAGGUAAGCACCAGUUAUUUCUCAGUUCGAGUUCAAAACAAGAUGAACGAUUUCUAGCUUUAUCUUCUUCUUGUUUUUUGUGAUGCUGGAGCAGGACCUCAUUGAUGUUGUAUACGAAAUAAGUGUAAUUUACCGCAGUUUGAGUUGUAUCGGGACUAUCAUUUUACUCACACAAACACUGCAGCUCUUGAACCACGGCGGCCACCAAAUGGGAAUGAGCGGCAACCAAAUGGGUAACCAUAACCAAAUGAACGGCGCGGCCAUGCCCAAGCGCCAGACCUGGGGACAGGCACCGCAAAAUUAUGGCAAUUUUAUCAACUGUCGAGAUUCAUCGUCCCGUGAUGCGUAGUAUCUUAAUUAAAAGAAUGGAAUGCGUAUACAAUUUUCUUCUAAUUUCGUUUUCAAGUUCAACAGCUUCACUUACUUGGGAAUUCUCUGAAAAUGAAAUAUUUGACGCUUUUCUUUUUCAGGUUGACAUUGACUGCUACACCCUCCACAGAGUUAUCACGUGGUAACUCAGGAUGAGGAUGAGGAAUGACCACUUCUAAGAAAAAAUGCUGGGUUACGAAGACGACUCGCAGCAGCAUCAAAUGUACAUGGGAUACCAGUAUCAGUAA